UGUAGGCCUUACCGCGGAUUUAGAUUGAGGACUAAUAAAGCGAGCUAAUAUAUUACAUUAUCAAUCGUUCGAUAUCUAUAUGCAAAUAUGGACACUAUCUUAUCAAAUGAAGUCUGACUGAUAAAAAUAUAAACAAAGUCACACAUGUAUCAUCGAAUGAGGUCAGUACUUCCGACAUACAUAUAGAAAGGAGGAAAACAAUUGAAAUGUUACUCUAAGAGAGAGUUACGAUGAAGAAGAACAUUAUCCGUCCUACUAUUAUUGUAUCCAUACUACUGGUUAUAUUCCUUACAAUGGUGGCGAGGAAGGUUGGUAGAUCAAAUACAGUCACACAGUUGUUACUAUUUAAUCAGACACACUUAGAACAAAAGAAACAAUUUGUCUCGGAUAAUUCUGAGGACUCAUGGAGAACUACAAAAAGAAAGGAUAAAUAUCAGGAUACAUGGACGAAUACAAACAGAAGUCUCACUGUUGUAACAGCAUUUUUCAAUCUCGGAAAAUUUCCGAAAGGUUCAUUUUCAAAUAUCCGAACACCGGAGUCGUACAAAGUUUGGAUGUCUGUGUACAAAUAUCUUAAAAAUCCACUGAUAAUUUAUACAGAUUCCAAAAAGUUUGCUGAAUUCUUUACUGAAUUACGAAACAAUUCAGCGUUUAUAACACAAAUAAUAAUGAUAUCUAGAGAUGACCUAUGGUCAUUCCAAAUCAAACCACAAAUAGCCAAAAUUUAUUCCAAACCGGGAUACCCUAAACACUAUCCGAAUACAUACUUACCGGAUUACACAUGUAUGACUCAUUCAAAGCUGUCCUUAGUUGCAAAAGCAAUUGAUUCAAAACUACUGGUAUCAGAUUACUAUUCCUGGAUAGACUUAGGCUAUUACCGUGAUGUGUCUAGUCGUAAAAAAUAUUUCUAUUUAGAAGUCCCAAAUGAUUUUGACAAUUCAAAAGUUGGUGUCACUCAAGUUUAUAAUGUACCUUUACAGAAAGUUACAGCAAGAUCAAUUAUACUCGGAAAUAAGAAUUGGAUAGGUGGUGGACUAUUUUUAGGAAAACCAGACGUUUUAAAAAAGUUUGAAUCUCAGUAUAAAAAUAGAGUUAUGUAUUAUUUGUCACAGGGAUUAAUGAACGUAGAACAACACAUACUUUAUUCAAUGUACACAGCCGAGGAGAGAAAGAAAAAUCCAAUUACAGUUGAAGUUCAACGAUACCUACCAGGGACACAAAAAGUUAUAUCCGGUGAUCCAUGGUUUUACUUAGGAUUUUUAAUGUAUAAUGAAAACACCAACGCGUCAUAUCGGUCGUGAAUAAACCAAAUAUCAUGGUAUCUCUAUGAAAGUGUUGCUUCAUGCAUAUCCAUCCCAGACCUUGUUACCAAAAUCUCAUUCAAAACUGCUAACAGCACACAAUAUUCUGAAUGAACGGGAUGGGAAAAAACCGAAAAAGAGAAAAUAUUUAUAGUAAAAAUAUAAAGAUUAGUUGUA